UUCUUUCAUCCCUAAUUGAUAUCAGCAGAGCUUUAGUUUGCUUGUCAGACUCGCUUCGACUUCAUUCCAAUUUGUAAUUAUGUCGGGCAAGGCGCUGAACAUUGGCGAUCAAUUCCCCAACUUCGAAGCACUCACCAGUGUGGGCAAAAUCGACUUGUACGACUGGAUGUCCGAUAGCUGGGCCAUACUUUUCUCGCACCCGGCUGAUUUCACACCUGUUUGCACCACAGAAUUGGCGCGCGUGGGCAGCUUGGUGCCUGAAUUUGUGAAGCGCGGCGUAAAGCCAAUCGCAUUGUCCUGUGACAGCGUUGAGUCCCACAAGGGCUGGAUCGAGGACAUCAAGAGCUAUGGCAAGCUACAAAGUUUUGAUUAUCCAAUUAUUGCGGACGACAAACGUGAGCUGGCCCUGAAGCUGAACAUGCUGGACAAGGACGAGCUUAAUGCAGCUGGCAUACCACUUACAUGCCGCGCUGUCUUCGUCAUCGACAACAAGAAAAAGCUGCGCCUUUCCAUACUCUAUCCAGCUACCACGGGACGCAACUUCGAUGAAAUUUUGCGCGUCAUCGAUUCGCUGCAGUUGACCGAGAAUAAGAAAGUGGCUACGCCUGCGAACUGGAAGCCAGGAGGAACCUGCAUGGUGCUGCCCACCGUAUCCGCUGGCGAUGUGCCCAAACUAUUCCCGGCUGGCGUCGAGACCAUUGCUGUGCCCAGUGGCAAAGGAUAUUUGCGCACCACGCCGCAGCCUUAAAACGUGAUGUAACCUCUUUUUUUUCGUACAUGACAUUUUAUUACAAAAAUCGUGAUUUACAACAAAAAUUAUUACUAUAAUAAUAUCUGCACAAUCGUUUGCUACACACAAAUAAACGAGCAAUUACUUUCUAUACAAAAGCGAAA